UCUCCACCUACCAGUGAAGAGUCGAUUUUAAACGAGACAGUCGAUUGGAGACAGCGAAUAAGCCAGUCACGGGAAAAGCCGCAACGUUUUUUGUCUUCAACUCUUUGCUUUGUUACUCGCCUACUUACAUCUGACCAAAGAACAUUUCAGAGUAGAAAGACAACAUUUUACGCUCUUUAAAACAUCAUGAAGCUCUUGGUCAGUUGCUGGUUCUGGUUUGGAUCCUUGUUGAUCCUACUGACGUGUUUGAUAUUAAGAUCACAAGCUGGAGUGGUGGAGGACUUCUCCCAUGUCGAGCGCUGUAAGGAUUUUCUGUACAUGGGCACUCCGCCACGAGGUUACCUCAGCACUUCUCUAAAAAAGAUCUGCCAACGGUUUGUGGACGAGCCUCGCUUCAUCACCUUCUACAACCCCCAAAAACACAUCCCCAUCUAUUCAGCAUACAUCUUCAAGAAGUCCGAUGGGGAGAAGCGGGUUGACGUCCCCUGGAUGUUUGAACCACAGCUGGCAACUGAUAAAGGAAGCAGUAACAUGGAGCCGUUCCCCCAGUCCACCUUCAUGCACAAAAACUUUGAAGACACGCAGGCUGUGUUAGAAGACUACGCCGACGUGGUCCAGUAUGAACGUGGCCAACUGAACCCAGAUGAGCACCAGGUAGACCCGCUGGACAAGGCCGCCACCUACACCUUGACCAAUGUGGUUCCUCUGAUAAGAGAGUUCAGUAUUGGUCCCUGGAGCACACAGGUAGAGGUUACCCGCAAACGCCUCAACAACUAUUGCCACGGAAACGCUUAUCUGAUCACUGGGGUCACAACAGCAGGUAAUAUGAUUCGACGCGAGAACCAAGAUCGUGUCGCCAUCCCCGAGUUCGUGUGGACGGCCUAUUGCUGCACGAAUUACGACCACAACGCCCCCUACUCAGAGCGGUACAAGUUCCCGGCGUUUGGUGCCUACGGUCUCAAUGAUCGUGUGAACAACCACAUAGUGGAGGUUCCCAUCAAGAAUCUGGAGAAGUUUCUCAAGGGCAAAAUGGAGGUGGACAAGAACUUCCAGAUCUUUUACAAUGACUGUGUGCCAGACUUGUAAGGGUUCACUGAAUGAAGGCCUUCAGCCACUGGUUGAAUCAUUAUUAUUUCAAGGUAUCAUAUAGGGUUUCUGCAGGUUUUAUGAAGGUAACCUUAAGACCUUUUUAAGACCAAGUAAAAAAUAUUUAAGAAGUGAAUUGAAGGGAAGACAAAACAUCAAUAUGUUCUCUAAAUGUCUGAGAAGAAACACAAUGAGUUGUAUUAACACUUCAGAGUUUGGAAAAUAAAACCUCCAACAGAUAUUGCUAAUUCAUUUUACAAUUGUUCUACUCAAAACUUCCACAAUAUGGAAAUAUAUUUUACUGCACCUUCUGAUCACACUGCAAAAAAAAGUAUUUCUGUCUUUAUUUCCAGUACAAAUAUUUAAAGAUUCCUAAAUCAAGAUACAUCAGAUGUAAAAUUACUAUAAGUAAAAUUACUGUAAGUCUUGUUUUCUGUGAUUAAAAUUAAGUUUAUGACUAAAACAAAACAAAAAAAAUCUGCCAAUUGGCUCAGAAAAAUCAGCUUAAUUUAAAGGCGUGGACCGAUAUUUGUUCUUGUUUUAAGCAUAAACACACUUAAUUUUGUUCAAUUUUUCAAGAAUUCAUUUUACAUCUCAAGUAAAUGUGUCUUGUUUUAAAUUUGUUUAGAUAUUUGUAUUGGAAAACAGGACAAAAAUACUUCAUUUUUGCAAUGCAUGCAUCAUUUAAUGCCAUGACUUUAUGAAUUUAGGGAGACUUUAUGAUGUUAGGGAGAAUUAAAAAUUGUAAUACUUUUUUAAAACUUGCAGACACCGUUAUAUGUACACAUUACAACAUUAAAAUAUAUAUAUGAUAAUGAUGAACUUAUUAUCUAUUCCUUGGGGACAAAGUAGUUCAAACUGCUUUUUUUACAUUAACAAUAUCUACGUGCUAAACAUUUAGGUAACCAUGGCAACUGGGCUUCAUUUAUGUUUAGAUCUUUUUCUUUAGAAGGAGUUUGUUAGGAUGUUUUAUAACAUGCUUUAUAGCCUUCAUGUGAAAGUCAGAUUUUGGAUCAUUUAAAAACAAUAAAUGACUGUAAAUGUAAGCAAAACAGUGAGACAAACAUCAAGACGCUGUUAUUAGAGUUUCAGCUGUGAGAAAAAAAUACUGGAAUAAAAUGUAGUGUCCCAUAUGGUUCUUUUA